AUGUCUACUGCUCCUUCGCCUGGAAAUGCCUUUUUCCCUGAUGGCCCGCAAAUGCGCCUCCCUUCCCUGGCCUUUCUCUAUCGACUAGAGUGCGAGACGACCGAGGACUUUAAUCUCGGGGCCCCACACGAUUCUGGAGUGAUUCGAAGUAUCGUCAAUAUCACACGAGGGAGCUUGAAGGGACCUGGAAUUGAAGGCGAUAUCUUGCCUCUGGGAGGUGCGGACUGGGCGACCGUUAUCAAGGGAACGCACUCCAUGAAACUUGAUGCUCGCUAUACAGUGAGAACUAGCGAUAACUCUUAUCUCUACAUUCGCGCGCAUGGACUUUACCGUCCAGGCCCAGGGACAAACUAUGCGAAGCAAGUCGAAACCGAUCCGACUAUGAUACCACCACCGACGAUAUUGCAAGACGAGGUCGAGUUUUUCUCGCAUCUGCGCAUCGAGGCAGGUCCGGGUCCAUACAAUUGGUUAAAUGGGCUUGUGUGCUUGGGAGUCAUGAGUUGCCAGGAUGGAAAGAUCUGGAUCGACGCGUACCAUCUCACCAACUUCCCGGGUGUCAAGCCGGAAGAUGUGAUUGCAAAGGCAUAG